AUGGAGGAUAUUCUAAUCGAUGACGUCACGACUGUCUCAAAAGAUGUCGAGUUGCAGUUCUAUCCCCUCCCUGUCGAAGUCGUGAGAGUGAGCUAUUUCCAAAGUUUUUUUCUUAAUUUUGAGGUUCCAGAAGAAGAAAAAGAGAAAGAAGACUAAAAAGAGACCGGAUAUCGAAAGCUUGCGUGGAAUUGGCGUUUUCGCCGUGAUUUUGGGCAAUUUUCGCCCUCAAAUUUUUCCGAAUGGAUUUGCAGGCGUGGAAUUGUGAGUUUUUUAUAACAAUUUUUAGAAAAUAACUUGAAAAAAUACAAAAAAAACAGGGUCAAUUUAUCAUGAGAUAAGCCAAUCAAAAUUAUUAAUCUUGAAACGAUCUCUACAGUAACCUACUUAGGAAUUCCAGAGUGGUCCCUAUAAGGACAACCUUAGCGUCCCCUUGAGGGGCCACUUUACCAAACCCUAUAGGGAACACUAGAGCUUGCAAAAGUGGUCCUUAAAGGGGGCAUACCGGUCGGUAAUUGUUAUUAACUCUGCGAAGAAGCAUUUUCAUGAGAAAAAUGGAAAAAAUAAGCGUUUUUGAAUGAAUCUCAGAGAACCCUGUAGGGUCCACUUGAGGUUUAGGGGCUAAGGAGUCGAACCCUAAACCCCUAUGGACAUUACCUUAUAUUUACCCCUAUAGGACCCAUUUUUUCGGCCACCAUAAAGGCUGUUUAUUCCCCAAACCCCUAUAGGGACCACUCUGGAAUUCCUAAAGUAAGCCUUCUAUCCCCUACUUUUUUCAGAUUUUAUGUCAUUUCCGGCUAUCUCGCUUCCGUAUCCUCGAACAAUUCCAAGGAGAAACUUCAAAUCUUCUACUACAGCCGACUCAAAAGAGUCCUCCCUCUUUAUUUCCUAUCCAUUCUGUUGAUUCUGAUCGUUAUGGGCUUCCUGACCCCGAAUAAGGACUUUGGAAGGAAUAUAUCGGGCGGAACUCGGGCGAUUUUAUUCGUGUCAAAUUUCGAAAACGAUGUGAGAUUUUAGAAGAUUUGAAAAACCCUGAUAAUUUUGAAUUUCAGGCGGAAAGUUCUUUGAACUUGUUCUCCCAUUUGCUUCCGAUAUCCACAGGGUUUCAAACUCUCAUCAUUUUUCCGUUUGUUUUAAUAAUCGUCAAUUUGUUUCCGAACAAACUUCACGUCUAUUGUCAUAUUUUUAUCGGUGAUUUUUUGAUUAUUUCCUAAAAUUAGUUAAAAAUUUUAGGAAUCGCUUCUCUAGUGUUCAACUUCUUCAUACGAGACUUUUCGGUAUUCUCUCAAUUCUGGAAGUUUUCUGCAGGUUGAGAAAUUUUUUUGACUUUAAAAAUAUAUUUAUAGGCGUGUUUGCUCAUCACUUGCAAUCGGAUCUUGGAGAACUCGAACAAAAUGUCUUUUUCUACCCAUUUUUGCUUCUUUUUCUUCCGUUCCUACAUUUGAAACACAUCUGUCUGGAGUGAGUUAAAAAAAUAAUUUAGAGUUUUUUUUGUAGUUUUUUUGAAAUUCAAAAAGAGAUCUCUAUGAAAUUAAAAAAGCAAAUAGAAAUUUAGUGACCACUAAAGCAGUCUCAAAAAAGUUUUUCCCUUUCGUGGGACCAGAAAAAAAAAGUUGGGUUCACAAAAGGUUUAAAAAAAAGGAGGAAAUGGAGAAAAUGAACCCUUGGGAAACCAAUAAGUGACCAAUUUUAUAUCAAAAUCUGAAAAAAACCCUUUUAUGAGCUCAUUUUAUUGAAAAAACUGCUUCAGAAUCUCAGCCGUCGCCUUUGCCGCCCUACUCAUCCAAAUUAACGCUGGAGCGAACUUCACCCUUUGCAAAUUUUUCGAGUUUAUCGGCGAUAUUUCCUACUCCUGGUAUCUCUUCCACUGGCCGAUCGUCGUUUACGUCAACAUUUAUCAUGGGAAUACCUUUUAUGGUAAGAAAUUAGUCCUGGUCGCACUUGGAAUGGCUUGGAGCGUCGCGGUCGCGUUGCAACUUGUUUCGCGAUGCUUUUACGCUCAAGUUGUUUUGAAACGGUUGCAUUUAAAAACAGAUAUUCAUCCUUUAAACCAUUCCAAAUGUGACCACGGGGGUAUAAAUCACCUUUAAGAAAGUAAAAUAGCCAAUUUUCAGCUCCCUUGAUUGGAAUAUUCAUAUCUUUUAUGAUCGCCAAUAUUAUUUCCAAGAAUUUUGAAAGGUAA